UUCUACCUAGUCCCCGGAAGUGGGAUUCUUACAGCGCGCACCACGCACAUUGUAGUGUUUCUUAGAAAUUUUGCAAUAUCAUAGGUCCUGUUGUUUAAGGUGUGUUCCUUACCCGUUUAAUAAGUUGUCAAGAUGGUUAAAAUUUUAGAAGAUAAGGCACAGUUUGACGCUGUCAUUGCCGAGGGCAAACUCACCGUGGUUGAUUUCUAUGCCACGUGGUGUGGACCAUGCAGAAUGAUUGCUCCUAAAAUAGAGGAAAUGGAAGCUGCCAAUCCCGACGUGAAUUUCGUCAAGGUUGAUGUUGAUGAAAAUUCUGAUACUGCUGAAGCCUGUGGAAUCUCAGCCAUGCCAACGUUUCACUUCUACAAGAGUGGGCAAAAGCUGGAUGAAGUAGUUGGAGCAGAUGAGGGAAAAAUUAAGGAAUUAGUAGAAAAGCUUAAAUAAAUUUGAGAAAUCAUGUUAGUAAAAAAUUUCUUUAUGAUGUAUAAUUGUUGUAAUAGAUAUUUAUCUACCUUUUCUGUAAAUUCUGAGUUUGACUGUGAUGAAUGUACCAGAAGGGCAUUUUGUUUCCAUUGUUAAGUGUUUAUAAUUAGGUAGGAUACAUUUGAAUUAAUUUUUCGUUUCAAUUUGAAUAACAUUAUGCAAUUGUUUCAUACUAUGAAAAAUUUUACCAGCUAAGAGUAUACAUUAAAUACAAAGUACUUUGAAGACAUCCAAAAAGGAUAUUUUAGAGAAAAAAAGUAAUUUAUACAUAUUGUACAUGAUAACAUUUUUAUCAAGGUAUUGAUAAUCAUGAAUUUCUAUUAUACAGUAUUGCACAUUGUGGCCUUUUUUGCAUCAUUAUGCAAUAAAAUCUUUACAAUCAAAA